UUACCAUCGGUUGGAACGGUUGAAGCAGACGAGGGGGAUGAAGUGAAUGUGCUGGUUGUGUUGGAUUUUUCAAGAGUGGGUGGAAUUUCUGGAGGAGAUGUACUAGUAGAGCUGGCUACGGGUGAAGGUGACGCUCUGAGGAUAUCUGUUACUUUGGCGGUGAUGUCUUCAGCGAUAACUGUGGAGGACGGAGUAGCGCUAGGAGUUGUGGACAAAUCAGAAGUCUCUUCUGAGGAAGAGCGGCUACUGGUUCUUAUGCUUGAUGUUCCUCUAUCAGUUUCGGUGGUGCCGGAUGCUGCGCUUGUUGUCUGCUGGCCAGCUGAUUCAGGAACUGUUACUUCUAACGAAGAUGUGCUGGUAGUGCUGACCAAGGGUACUCCUGACGUGGUGCUACCUACUCCUGCAACGCCACCCGUGGAAGAAGAAGUGCUGACAGUGCUAGCCUCUGAUAAUGCAACUGAUGGGGAGCUUCCUUCUUCAAUCCUAUUCGGACUAGAAGUUAUUGUGACUUCUGAAGAAGAUGGUAGUGUAGUUCUGAUCUCCACUUUAGACGGAGAGCUACCUAUCCUUUCAGCGCCACUUGUGGGAGACAUCGUGCUGGUGACGUUGGUUCGCAAUAAUACGUCUGGCGAGGUGGAAGCUGUCCCCUCCACGCUGCUGGAACUUGAAGAGAUGGUCACUUCUGAAGAAGGCGUGCUGCUUAUUGUGCUUUGUGAUGGCGUACCGGGAGUCGCGGUAACUUCAGGCAUCGGACUACUUGUUCUUUUAGCUCCCACUUCAGUAGUGAGUUUUGUUUCGGGAGAGAACGCGGACGUUGUAUCCGUUGCUCCUCUGGUUGUGUUAAUUGUCAAGGAAGUAACGCUUUCUGUGCUAGAAGUCGCACUGACUUCUGAAGAAGAAGUACUUGUGAUAUCCUUUGCUUCAGGGGUUGUGCCAGUUGUUUCUUUAACGCUACCUGAACUUGGGGUAACGAUACCCGCACUGGAUGUGAUGGUUGUUGUGCUAGAAGUACUGGUCACAUUCGAUAGAGACGAGCUGGUAAUCAAUCCUUUGGUUGUGCUAGCUUUUCCUUCAGCGGUAGCUGUUGCUGGAGUAGCGCUAGGAGAUGUUGUAACAUCUGAAGGUGCUAUACUGGUAGUGCUAGCCCCUGGCGAAGUGCUAUCUGUUUCGGUGCUGCUAAGGCUAGGAACGGUUACUUCUGGAGAAGGCUUGCCAUUAAUUUCUUCUGUAGUUGUUCCAGCUGUUACUUCUGGAGAAGGCUUGCCAGUAAUUUCUUCUGUAGUUGUUCCAGCUAUC